AUGGAUAUCAUUCAUAACAGGAAGGUGGCUACCACCCACUACAGGAUGGUGACUACCACCCAUUAUAUGAAGGUGGCUACCACAAACCACAGGAGGGUGGCUACCACCCACUACAGGAUGGUGACUACCACACACUACCGGAAGGUGGCUACCACCCAUUACAUGAAGGUGACUACCACCAACUACAUGAAGGUACCUACCACCAACUACAUGAAGGUACCUACCACCCACUACAGGAAGGUGGCUACCACCCACUACAGGAAGGUGGCUACCACCCACUACAGGAAGGUGACUACCACCCACUACAUGAAGGUGGCUACUACCCACUACAAGAAGGUGGCUACCACCCACUACAUGAAGGUGGCUACCACACACCACAGAAAGGUGGCUACCACACUUUACAUUAAGGUGGCUACCACACACUACAGGAAGGUAGCUACUAGCCACUAUAGGAAGUUGCCUACCACCCAGUACAUGAAGGUGACUACCACCCACUACAUGAAGGAAGGUGGCUACCACCCACUACAGGAAGGUGGCUAUCAUCCACUACAGGAAGGUGGCUACCACCCACUACAGGAAGGUGACUACCACCCACUACAUGAAGGUGGCUACUACCCACUACAAGAAGGUGGCUACCACCCACUACAGGAAGGUGGCUACUACCCACUACAGGAAGGUGGCUACCACCCACUACAUGAUGGUUGCUACCACCUGCUACAUGAAGGUGGCUACUAUCCACUACAGGAAGCUGACUACCAUCCUCUACAUGAAUGUGGCUACCACCCACUACAGGAAGGUGGCUACCACCCAUUACAGGAAGAUGACUAUCACACACUACAUGAAGGUGACUACCACCCACUACAGGAUGGUGACUACCACCCACUACAGGAAGGUGACUACCACCCACUACAUGAAGGUGGCUACCACCCACUACAGGAAGGUGGCUAUCAUCCACUACAGGAUGGUGACUACCACCCACUACAGGAAGGUGACUACCACCCACUACAUAAAGGUGGCUACUACCCACUACAAGAAGGUGGCUACCACCCACUACAGGAAGGUGGCUACCACCCACUACAUGAUGGUGACUACCACCCACUACAUGAAGGUUGCUACCACCUGCUACAUGAAGGUGGCUACUAUCCACUACAGGAAGCUGACUACCACCCACUACAGGAAGGUGGCUACCACCCACUACAGGAAGAUGGAUACCAUCCAUUACAGAAAGGUGACUACCACCCACUACAAGAAGGUGACUACCACCCACUACAGGAAGGUGGCUACCACCCACUACAUGAAGGUGGCUGCCACCCACUACAGGAAGGUGGCUACCACCCACUACAUGAAGGUGGCUACCACCCAUUACAGGAAGGUGGCUACCACCCACUACAGGAAGGUGGCUACCACCCACUACAUGAUGAUGACUACCACCCAUUACAGGAAGGUGGCUACCACCCACUACAUGAAGGUGGCUACCACCCAUUACAGGAAGGUGGCUACCACCCACUACAGGAAGGUGGCUACCACCCACUACAUGAAGGUUGCUACCACCUGCUACAUGAAGGUGGCUACUAUCCACUACAGGAAGCUGACUACCAUCCUCUACAUGAAGGUGGCUACCACCAACUACAGGAAGGUGGCUACCACCCACUACAGGAAGAUGGAUACCAUCCAUUACAGAAAGGUGACUACCACACACUACAUGAAGGUGGCUACCACCCACUACAGGAAGGUGGCUACCACCCAUUACAGGAAGAUGACUAUCACACACUACAUGAAGGUGACUACCACCCACUACAGGAUGGUGACUACCACCCACUACAGGAAGGUGACUACCACCCACUACAUGAAGGUGGCUACUACCCACUACAAGAAGGUGGCUACUAUCCACUACAGGAAGCUGACUACCACCCUCUACAUAAAGGUGACUACCACCCACUACAGGAAGGUGGCUACCACCCACUACAGGAAGAUGGAUACCAUCCAUUACAGAAAGGUGACUACCACACACUACAUGAAGGUGACUACCACCCAGUACAGAAAGGCGGCUACCACACACUACAAAAAGAUGGAUACCAUCCAUUACAGGAAGGUGACUACCACACACUAUAUGAAGGUGACUACCACCCACUACAUGAAAGUGACUACCACCCACUACAGGAAGGUGGCUACCACCCACUACAUGAAGGUGGCUGCCACCCACUACAGGAAGGUGGCUACCACCCACUACAUGAAGGUGGCUACCACCCAUUACAGGAAGGUGGCUACCACCCACUACAGGAAGGUGGCUACCACCCACUACAUGAUGGUGACUACCACCCAUUACAGGAAGGUGGCUACCACCCACUACAUGAAGGUGGCUACCACCCAUUACAGGAAGGUGGCUACUACCCACUACAGGAAGGUGGCUACCACCCACUACAUGAUGGUGACUACCACCCAUUACAGGAAGGUGGCUACCACACACCACAGGAAGGUGACUACCACCAACUACAUGAAGGUACCUACCACCCACUACAGGAAGGUGGCUAUCAUCCACUACAGGAAGGUGGCUACCACCCACUACAGGAAGGUGACUACCACCCAUUACAUGAAGGUGGCUACUACCCACUACAAGAAGGUGGCUACCACCCACUACAGGAAGGUGGCUACUACCCACUACAGGAAGGUGGCUACCACCCACUACAUGAUGGUGACUACCACCCACUACAUGAAGGUUGCUACCACCUGCUACAUGAAGGUGGCUACUAUCCACUACAGGAAGCUGACUACCACCCUCUACAGGAAGGUGACUACCACCCACUACAGGAAGGUGGCUACCACCCACUACAGGAAGGUGACUACCACCCACUACAUGAUGGUGACUACCACCCACUACAUGAAGGUUGCUACCACCUGCUACAUGAAGGUGGCUACUAUCCACUACAGGAAGCUGACUACCACCCUCUACAUGAAGGUGACUACCACCAACUACAUGAAGGUGGCUACCACCCACUACAGGAAGGUGACUACCACCCAUUACAGGAAGAUGACUACCACACACUAUAUGAAGGUGACUACCACCCACUACAUGAAGGUGACUACCACCCACUACAGGAAGGUGGCUACCACACACUACAAGAAGAUGGAUACCAUCCAUUACAGGAAGGUGACUACCACCCACUACAUGAAGGUGGCUACCUCCCACUACAGGAUGGUGGCUGCCGUCUGCUACAAAAAAAAACCGCCUGA